AUGUUGGAAAGAUCAGACCCGGAGAGUUUGCCAGAUGUAAAAUUUGGUGAAAUCAGGCGCAUGUUUUUUGCCUCCUCCUUCCUGAUGAACUUUGUUCGUGAGUUGGCCAGGAGGGGCGUGACGAAUCCUGAGGCCAAGGCCUUUUCAUUGCUUUGUAGUUGGAAGCCGUCCGCUGAGUUGGAUCUGCCUCAUAUUCCUACGGGGGAGGACAGUGAGACUAACCGAGAAUUCCUCCAACUCCUCAUUGACCUCGAAAACCAUCGUCUCUUGCCACGGCUGGAGUCGCCCGUGCUAGAUGACUCGGCGGAAGCUAGCACCUCUUUCGGAUUUAAAUCCUCGCUGUCAAUCGGUGCUGACGACACGCCCUCCUCUCAGCAGACUUCGCGCGCCCUUCAAAUGUUUCAGGUAAUACCGGCACCGCUUUUGUUAGCAUUGUCAUUCUGCAUGUCUUGA